UCACAGUGCCACUGGUAGCUAGUUUAGCAGCGAACGUUAGCAGCUACGCAGCUGUGAGCGCCGAGCUUAGCUGACAUCAUGCUGGUUUCCUACGCAGACACAUUUCAAAAGUGUUACGGAUAAAAGUGAAAAUUCCCGUAGCCGGAGCUAAAUUGGUACCAUUGUUUUAACGUGUAAUUAAGGUACGUGUUAGAAACAAACGUGUAGUUUGUUACGUCACUCACGAAGGAAACAUCUAGCUAGCUAGUAGUGAAGUUGAUGGGAAAUUGCAGCCAUUUUUGCCGGUCAAAAGGACAAACGCGGAUGUACAGCGAACAGUCCUAUUUGCGAAAAUAACGUUUCAGCGACUGGCUAGUAUAGUUAUCGGAAUUCACCUAACCACAGUGCUAGCGGGUAGCUAGCCACCUAAACUGAAAACGUGGAUAUUAUGAAGAGUCUUCCGUAUUUCUGUCGGGGAGAGGUUAUUCGAGGAUUCGGCAGAGGGAGCAAGGACUUGGGGAUCCCCACAGCUAAUUUCCCGGAUUCGGUGGUGGAGCACCUUCCGGCAGACAUUGGCACGGGGAUCUACUAUGGCUGGGCGUGUGUGGGGGGCGGAGACGUGCAUAAGAUGGUCAUGAGCAUCGGCUGGAACCCCUACUACAAGAACACCAAAAAAUCCAUGGAGACUCAUGUCAUUCACACGUUUAAGGAGGACUUUUACGGGGAGAUCCUGAGUGUGGUUAUGGUGGGCUACAUUCGCCCUGAGAGGGGCUUCAGCUCGCUGGAUGCCCUGAUCACAGCGAUUCACAGCGACAUUGAGGAAGCGGAGAGGAGGCUGGACCUGCCCGAGCACCGAAAACUGCAGGAGGACAACUUCUUCAGGACAUUCCCAAAGCAGAUCAUGAACGGCCACUGACCCCUUCCACUGACCCCUUCCACUGACCCCUUCCACUGACCCCUUCCACUGACCCCUUCCACCGACCCCUUCCACCGACCCCUUCCACCGACCCCUUCCCCUGACCCCUUCCCCUGACCCCUUCCCCUGACCCCUUCCCCUGACCCCUUCCACCGACCCCUUCCACCGACCCCUUCCACCGACCCCUUCCACCGACCCCUUCCACCGACCCCUUCCACCGACCCCUUCCACCGACCCCUUCCACCGACCCCUUCCACCGACCCCUUCCACCGACCCCUUCCACUGACCCCUUCCACCGACCCCUCCGCCCCUUCCCUCUCCCCAGCCCUCCGCAGCAUGUCUGUUAAACCCAUCUGCCUUUCAGUGUAACGAUUCAUCUUUAGUGGCUAAGGUACAUGACUGGGAUCCGGAAGGUUGGUGGUUCAAGUCCCGGUGUAGCCACAAUAAGAUUCGCACAGCUGUUGGGCACCUGAGCAAGGCCCUUAACCCCGCAUUGCUCCAGGGGGGAUUGUCCCCUGCCUAGUCUAAUCAACUGUAAGUCGCUAAAUAACAUUAUUAUUAUUAUUUAAAUUUUUUUAGUAAAUGCAACUUGUUGAAAAUAUGCAUCCAGCUGUUGUCGUGGAUUGAAGAGGCUCACUAAUUCCUCUCGAAUCGAGCCCGGUUCAUUGGUGGCAGUGAAAUCCCACGUAUACACCGGCCUGCAUAUACCCUGAGCUAAUUAGUAAAAUCAGCUGGCUGAGUUAAUGGGCGGAGGAAAUGCAUGGCAGGACUUAUUAUUAUUUUCUGACUCCUUGACUUUCCACCUCUGUCUGUAUAUCUUUCCGUAUGCGUGUGCGUUAAUGCAGUCCCUCUCCAGGUAGAAUCCAUGUCAGGUUUUUGCUCAUGCACUGCAGCCUGCUCAUUUGGCUCCACUCACAGGGCCAGUGAAGGACCCCCUCGUUUGAGCUGGCAGCCAAUCGCGUGCAGUGCCGUUUAGCUCGUCCACAGCCGGAGUUUCGUGAACAUAUUCCUUGUUUUUCUGGGCAGUCUUUGUGGUCGCAUGUUUAGGCCAGUCCUGUCUGGUCAUUGGUUAUUAUGUGUAACCGUGUCCUAUGACUAAGACCAUUAUAUCGCGUGCACUGAACUCUUACACUGCGUAUUUAUUUAUUUUUUUAAUUUAAUAUAAGGCCUUUCGUCUGAGGGGGCUGAUCUACCGGAGGGGCUGAGAUCUAAAUUCGAUGAUCUGACUGUUGUCUGAUGUGUUGUUUUUAUAGUGAUGACAAACUAGAAAGAUGUGAACUGUCUGUAAGUUGGUUGUGGAUGACCUUUUAUCUGACUGUAAAUAAUAAUCAAGACAAAAUGCAAAUGGGAUUUUAGGUUUUUAUCUCGUCAGCCUUGGUGUAUAUUUGAGAAGUGGUCGAUUUUUCCUGAGAGCUGUUCUUUUGUGCUCUCAGCUGUAAGCGUUUGGGUUUUUGUUCGGUUAAGAUGAGAUCCAUGGGAAUUAUGGAUUGUGUGAGGUAUUCGUAUUUGGAAUGUGAACGCCUGUAUGUGUAAUCACUAUUUUCGCUGAACCGUAAUGUUUGAGAAGAAUAUUUAAUGCAAAAGGAAGAAUAAACUAGUAGAGUAAGCAAUAGAGAGAAUUGUGAUGUAGUGGGAGAUGCUGACACAACAGGAAUCUAUGAAACGGUGGUCGUCUUCGCUGAUCGCCUUGGUGUGCAGCAUGUCUUUGGUGCCUUAGGGAGGGUUUGGAGCUGUGUUCCAAAGACCAGGGCCUGCCUUGGAGAUGCUGGAUCGCCAGCAACUCCAACCACACUGUCAAAGCUACUGCAAACCCGAACCUACUCACUAUAACCAGUAAUAUUACUACAAAACCGAACCUACUCACUAUAACCAAUAAUAUUACUAUAAAACUGAGCCUACUCACUAUAACCAAUAAUACUACUACAAACCCGAGCCAACUCACUAUAACCAAUAAUUCUACUACAAAACCGAACCUACUCACUAUAACCAAUAAUACAACCCCCACCCCAGUUUCCACCAAGCUUUUCUGUAGCGCAUGAAUAAUUCAGGGCACAAAUCUGUGCAUGUUACUGACCAAUAACAUUUAAACCUGUAACUGCUGUAAUGCAGUAAAAACGCAGAAUCCUAGUGGCAGCUGAUAAGCCCCGCUGUUUUGGGAAGUGGAUACAGAUUACAUUUCCAGUGAGAAAGAGGAUUGGGGGAUGAGGUUGUUAUGAAUUAGGAAGCAGCUAUCCUACUUCAUAACAAAGUACAGGUGUCCAUGGCAACGGUGGGAGGACGCCAUGGCGAUAACGCUGUCCUUGAUGUCUGGCAUUAACCACUCAGCCCAAAAAACUGGAGGCUGCUCACACACACACACAGGCUCUGUCCGUGUGGGCUGUUGGGUCUAGAGUAGAGUAUCAUUAAAACAAUCUUUGUGUCACUAUUAUGAUGUUACUGUAAAACAAAUCAUCCUAUUUUACAGUAAUCUGCAGGUUUAUUGCAGAUUAAGUGGAUUCUGUAGUGUCUGUAGGUUUAACUCCAGUCCUGGAGGGCCGCAGUGUCUGCUGGUUUAACUCCAGUCCUGGAGGGCUGCAGCGUCUGCAGGUUUAUCUCAUAACCUCCAGGGUUUAUUUCAGCACUUAAAUGAUUGGCUCAAGUGUCCACACACCUGUUUUCCCAGGCCUAAUUGGCUUCUGAUUGAAACGGAGCCAGAAAGACCUCCAGACACUGAAGCUCCGGUUUAAAAUCCCUGGUGCAAAUGCUUAAUCUGUCAAAUGAAGUAAAUGGCAGAUUAGACUAUACCUGUGUAUUAUUUAUUUAUGGCACUUUCUAGUUUAUGAGGUGCCAAAGACAAAAACUAUAAAUAUAAAUGAAUUCACAGAAAGAUCUGAUAUGAAACAGUUCAUUUUGGGAAUAUUGUCUCCAUUUGUAUGUAUUUAUAUUUUGUUUAAUGUACGCCCCAAGCCCGCAGCCUGUUUUAGGGACCAUCGUUUGUUCAUUAUUCUGUUCUGGAGAUUUUAGUUCUUUGUGUUGUGUUUUCUUCCAGGUGUGGCUGUAAGUGUUCAGUUUCAUUAAUAAAGUGAGCUGCAGUUAAA